AUGAGGAGUGCUUGUCUUCAUCUUGGUGGUAGGCGGACGUGUUAUAGAUGUGUCCAAGAAGGUCACAUUCUCAGAGAUUGCCCCAUUGGCAGGAGCACAGUGCUCACACCUUCGGCGCAGUCACAACCACAGCAAACACGAGGAAGUGUUAGACCUCAGGCAGCUGGUCGAGUAUAUGCUAUGACGGGCACAGAGGCGAACAGAGCAGGUAACCUCAUCUUUGCGUCUUGCAUGAUUGGUGGUAGGAGUCUAUGUGUACUAUACGAUUCAGGAGCGACACACUCUUUUGUGUCGGAGUCUAUAGUGUUGGAGUUGGGCCUUCCGGCGAAGGAGCUCCAAUAUGACCUGGUGGUAUCCACGCCUGCUUCUGGGUUGAUCAGGACUUCGACCGUGUGUGCUAGAUGCCGGAUUGAGGUUGAGGGACGCCAAUACCGGGGUAAACCUGAUCUGUUUACCUUUGGAGGGCUUGGAUGUGAUCUUGGGAAUGGAUUGCUUAUCUGCUAA